AAACUUAUGAUAAUUYAAGAAAUUCAUAUGACUUCCGCUCUACUCGAUAAAUAAUGAGAAUUUCAUUCAACGCCAGCUGACAAUCGAAACCGGAAAUUGCUGGCUCAAUAUAUCAAUUCUAUUUUGGUCUGGGAAAACCCCGAAAGUCGUUUUCCUGCUCGCAUAAAAAACAUCACCAGAUACUUUGCACUUUGUCAAAGGGCACAGUCUGCCAUAGUAUGUCMUUACAAUCAAUAACAAAGUCUCACAAGAAACAUUAUCGGUGAAAAAUGGACAGAAGUUUUCUCAGUUACGAAGCCAUAGAAGUCCUUUUAUCUGCUUCGAUAACCGUUAAUCUUUGUUUGGUGUUUUAUUUGAGUUUGCCGUGGGCCUUUAACCUCUGCAAGAAGGAUAAAGAACUCACUUCAGACCUUCAAACGAACUCCACUGCCUUCAUCAACCGUAUAUCGAGCAGUCUUCCGUUCUACGUGGCAUCCCCAAUAUGCAGUGUCGUCCUGACAUUGACAUCUAAUGUCCUUCAAGAUCCUUUCUUCGCCUUCGAUCGUCCUCUUCGCAUUGCCUUCUCUGUAGCUUUGGGUCAGUUUAUUUAUAAAAUAGCUGAAUCCCUGUACUGGCAUAAGACUAGUAACUACAGACCAAUARUAAUCCACCACAGUGUGGUAAUAGCAAUAYUUGCAGUCAUUUUAUACUACCAACAAUGCGCUGUCAUGGGAUUGGUAGGACUGUUAUUGAAGGGGAGUUUUGCAUUUGCCGAAUUCGACUACGAAAAAUUCUCAAAUGUUCUAAAAAAGAGAAAUUCGUCCAAGACACUGAUGGUCACAUCGUCAACGGUCUUCGUUGUAGCAAUAGUUCUAAAAGGACUAGUYCCAGGUUCCUUGAUUUUGUACUCUGUUGCUACGUCAUCGAGAGAGCUUCUUCAGGUCCAGUAUGUACCUCUGKCUUUUUUCUUCCUAAGUCUGGUUUUCUUCUCGGCAGUGUCAGGUUGGUUUAUCAAAGAUGCGUUUUACUGUCUCAAAGACAUGUUACAUUGUGAGCGACACAUCGAAUUAAUGAAAUUUCAGCAGCCAACCACUGUGGUUAACCACCASGGUCUGGUGCAGUUGAUAGAGGCAUCCAAUGGAACCGCCAUUGUGCGCUGCAAUGACUUGUGGGACAGAGACUUGAACUCUCUGUGUAGUGCGCAUGCGCUACAGAGUAAAGUGGACAAUUCAGAAUUCGUUGAGAUUGAAUUAGAGGUGUCAGCGGAAUCCAAGACAACGAAUAUUCCUGCAUCAAAGCACCAAGAUUUCAUAUAGACAUUUAACUCGAGUAUUUUUAGGGACUCAGGUUCGGCAUUUUAGUYAAAGAAARCAGAGCGUUGAAAACAAACAUCAUUUAGUGUAAAUUUUAGUAUGAACUAGAGUUGGUUUUGUAAACCCGUGAAAUUUCUUAGUCGAGAAUUAUAAGUGGACCGUACGCGUAUUGUAAAUAGAUAUAGUACACGCUUUUCAGCGUUUCAAUUCUUUAAYAAGUUGUAAAAACUCUUARCAACACAAAACAAAACGGAWUAUCUAAAAUAGAAUUCAAAGAAUKCCUUUGCCUUGGAUUUGCCAACAGAAAAUUGUAUUGUAGUAUAACUUUGGGGAACCUACAUAUUAAAGCCUUAUCAAUGAAAGAUGCAAACAAGCAAAUAAGAAUGAAAAUAUAAAGAAAAGUGCAAUGUACAAAA